AUGGGGAGCGGGGGGCGCCUCGUGGAGGAGCUGGCCGGCCACACGACCUCCGUGCUUUGCGUCCAGGCGCACCAUGACGCGGCCCGGCACUUGGUGGCAUCGGGCGGAGAGGAUGGGGCACUGUGCUUGUUCGACUUGAGGCUAGGCAGAGAGCCCACCUCCCGCUGUGUGGGCUUUCCAGGCAACGAUGUGGUGUCUGUGGCCUUCCACACAAAACCCCAUGCACUGUUUGUCGCCUCAGAUUGCAGUGUAGCAGAGCUGGAUAUGCGCAAGACCAUGGAUUCGUUGGAGCAGUGCACGACCCACAGGCACAUGUUUAACGAUGAUGACAUCAACCAGGUCAGUGUGCACCCUGGGGGCCAUCUGCUCGCCUCCUGCGAUGACAGUGGGGAAGUUGCGAUCAUCGACAUCGACAAGAACACCCUGCACAGGCGUCUGUCCGGCCUCCACACGACCAUCUGCUCCUCGGCGGCCUUCCUGCCCGGCGGCCGGCCGCCCCAGCUCAUCACCGGCGGCCUGGACGCCAUGGCCGCGUGCUGGGGCGCCUCCGAGGGCGCCGUUCGGUGGGCGGCCAGGAUGGGAGGCGAGCAGGAGGGCGGGGGCGGCCAGGUCUUCAAUCCGCCCAUGGUCUACAGCUUGGCGGUUUCAAAUUUUCAAGAUGACGGCCGGCCCUGCAUGCUGGCGAUCGGGCGCGGGGACGGUGCGGUCUGUGUCGGGGAUCCGUGCGAGAGCGGCGAGGGCGAUGGUGGUGGAAGCUGCGAGGAGGGUGAUCGAGACGGCCAGCAUGGGGACGAAAAUGGAGAUCGACUAGCCUACUCGGCCGCCGCCGAUCAAGGUAAGAAUUGCGACGCCGGGGAACAGGCGGGCAGCGACGACGGCGAUGCAGAUGGAUCCGUGACUGCGGAUUUUCAGUACAUGGUGCUCGACCGGGAGGCCGGGGGGCACACGAGCAGCGCUUCCAGCGUGGCCUUCCUGCCUGAAUGCGACGGCCGCUUUGCGGUCUCGGGGGGCAACGAUCGAAGGUUGAUCAUGUGGGACUGGACGGAGGUGUUCCAGGAGGGGGGGCGGCCGAUGGUGUGGACGGUUGAUCACGGAAGGAAGGUCAACUGGGUGGCCACCGGGCCGGAGGCGGGCGAGGCGGGGAGGGUGUUCGUUGCGGACGUGGGGAGCAGGAUAUCCGUGUACCGGUUGGAGUGA